AGCAGCCAGAUGAUUUGGUUACAGAGAUGAAAACAAGUUAUGAAAAUUACUGCAGUUGUGGAAAAGAAAAUGGUGUUUCUAUGCCCAUAUGUUUUCUUGUAAAAGAACAAGCCAAAUCAUUAGUUGCCAUUCAGGAUUUGCAGAAACGUGUGGAGUUUGUUGAAAGUGUACAAGAUGAUGUGGUAGAUUCUGUUGCAGAGUUUUGGAAAUGCCUCUGCGAUAAUUCAAGAAGUGGUAAUUUGAGUGAUACAUCAGAUUCUGUGCAGGGUCUAAAAGGCCUCAAUUUAUCAACUAAGUCGAGACUCUUUCCAAAGUCAGGUGCACGCAGAUGUUCUCAUUCAUCUUUGAAACCCAUUUUUGAUGAUUCUUCUUUGCCACCAAAGCUUAGAUCAUAUUCUUUGAAAGAAUUAGACAAUGUUACUAGCCUCUGUAAAAAACGUGGUAUAUCUGUACAAGAACAAUCACAGAAAUUUUUUGAUUUAGUGAAAAGUAAAGACUCUGCCUUGGAAAGUGAUAAGCAGGAUAGUGGGUUGGAUUCGGACUGUCGUGACCAUAAUGAUGGUCAUGUUUCAUUACAUAAAGAUAUAAAUAAUUGGGAAGAGUCGGAUUCAAAUGAUGAAUUGCUGAUCUUGUUAGAUGAAAUAUCACACAGAUCUGAAAUUCUUCAGCAACAACUUGCUGCAGCUGAAGAAAACUGUAUCUUAGAAAGUGUAAAACAAGAGAUGUCAGCUUCUCAAAUUGAAAAUGGAGUUCAUCCUAGUUUGCAAAGGGUUCCUGGAGUAAAUGAUACAUUUACUGCAAAACAGGGCCAUUUCAGAUCUAUUAAUUGUGAUCCACCAUAUGUGAAAGAUAGUCAACAGAAGUAUUAUAGCACUAUUAUUGAAGGACAGGAACAUGUCGCAACAGAGGAUGUGCCAAAAACGAAGAAGUUGACAUGUAGCGGUGCCUUAGGAGAGAGCUUUGAGAAAAAAUCGGUGUUUGAUAAAACACCAAAAAAGAAAAGGCUAGCUUCUAACAAUAUUGACAGUGCCAUGGUAUCAUCAGUUUUGAAAGAGACUAAUGUGGUUGAUUUACAAAGACAAGUAUUAAUUUAUCUGGUUGAGAAUGCUGUAUUACAAACAAAAUUGGUUGAAGUAGAACAAAUUUUAGCAUGCAAAUUAUCAGAAAAGGACAAAAUUGAAAAUAGUCUGAAAGAUGAAACUCGGCUGCUGAUGAUGGAAAACAGAGAAUUGCGGAUAAGUUUAGAUGAGCAAAAACUUGAAGUGAAUGUUUUAAAGUCAAAAUUAUCAAUGCUUGAGAGAGUUCUUCAGUCAGUAACUGUUGAAAACAGAGAGCUAAACUGGCAGUUAGGUGAGUCACUUGGACUUCCAAAUUUACCUAGAAGAGACAUAAAUUUUUCUCCUGGUUUUACCUACGGAAAUUCUGCUUCAUCAAAAUGUUUAAGGAAAUCUAGUUUAUUAUCUCAGGAUAGGAAUAGUGCUUAUAAUAAAUCUAAAUCACAGUCAAAUACUAAUAGCUUUCUUGGUAGCACACUGGAAGAGACUGAAGAAUAUCCACUUUCUCGCAAUAGAUCUGUGUCCAGUGUUGCUCGUAAACCUUUGAGCGAACCUCUUCAAUCAUCUACACCAGUGAUGCCUUCGCCCAAACCAAAAGAUUUAAAAUCAAAGAGUGUUUUAUCUUCUCAAGAUAUUCCUGUUCCUACUAAUUUUCAAUCUGUUAAGAAACGCUUGAAGGCUAAUUGCAAUAUUGAAAGAGAAAAUGUGUCAAGAAACCUUCAACCAGAGAAAAGUCAGGAAGUUUUUGUAAGCAAUACAUGUGAUAAAGAUGUAACAUAUCCUACCGAAACGGGUGAAGCUGUGCUGCCAAUAGGAAAUGCCAAAUUUCCUUUCAGUACUAUACUUGAAAGGCUUAAAUCUAAUUCUGAUUACAGAUUGUCAAAGAGGCCUACAAGUGCUCAGAAUCCUGAAGAGUCUUCUAAUUCUUGUACUGACCAAACAAAGCCAUAUUUUAAUAGUAAAGUAAGAAAUUUAACUCCUCAAGUAGUGGAAAAUAGUUUUUGUAGUGAUAGGAAAUCUCAAGGAAGCAAUCAAAAUAUUUCGCAGGAAAACUGUGAAAAUAAUACUAAUUUUCAGAGUAGGAAAGGUCGUAACAUUCAUCAGAGGAUACAAGAUAUCCUAGAUAGAAUCAUGGCUGAAUCUGAAGAAGCAUCUUAGCUUUCUCUUCAUUAAAAUAUAUAUUUUCCUGAAAUUUUAUAUAAUUAGAAGUGAUAUAUGUUUAGUCAGAAAAUUUUAUCACUUUGUAUAUUUUUAAGUGCCCUUAGAUUCAUAAUUUAUAUCAAUUAAUCAUUUUAUUGUGUUCACGCACUUUAUUUAUUUUUUAAUAAAAAGCUUUACACAUUUCUUAACUAAGGAAUAUUUUAUUUAUUUUUUAUAAAUUAUUCAUGUGCAACUGAAAGAGAAAUAUGCCAGUGUAAAUAUUAAAAUUAGAUAAAAAAAAAAGCUAGUAACAGUCAUGUAGAUUUUAAGCAUAACUAUUGAUUUUAAGGACAAUUUAGUAUAGGUCUCUUUUGUUCAGAGGGAGAGGGUUUUCUUCUUUUUUUGAAGAAGAGGUACCUAUGACAGUUUGGUCCUCAAAACUGAUAAUUUUAUUCUAUCUACAUUUACCUAAAACUAUUUUUUUUAAAUUUAAAUUUUAUUUGUAAUAAGGCAGCUGAAUUUGAUAAUUUUAUUCUAUCUACAUUUACCUAAAACUAUUUAUUUUAAUUUAAAUUUUAUUUGUAAGUUCUUAAAAUAAGGCAGCUGAAUUAACAAAACUUUGAUUUAAUUUGAAAUUUAGUUUAUAAAAAAGAUGCAUAAAUUUCUUUAUAUUUGUAGAUUUUUAUUCUUGAAUUUAUUUCCAUCUUCACAAAUAUUUAUUAGUAAAACGAUGCAUGUAGUCUUCUUACACUUUUUUUAUUAUGUUUAUUUUUCACUUUAAAAUUUAUUUUGAGGGACCAAACAUUUCAUGCCAUUAAUGCUUGAUAAUAGUUCAUAAUUUUCUUGGAAACAAUGACUCUUUAUUUCAAUGCUUUGAAUAUGUGCUUUAUUUUGUAUUUGUGCAUAUAUGUUCAAGUGAUAUUUAAAAAUAGUUCAGCAAUACUUUAAAGAGUUUUUCCGAAAUAAUAUUAAAAUAUAACCCAUUGCUGCUUAUGUGUAUACUGCAGGAGCUUUCAUUAUCACAUGAAUUAUUUUCUUAUACCCGAUUUGAGUAAGUUUUAGAAGGAUUCAGAUUUUAUUAAUAGAUGUAAUAGGAUGAAUUAAGAGCUUUUGACAGAAGGAUCUAGCACAGUAUAUAAAAUACAUUACCUGAUAUUUCUGUUCUUUUAAAAAAUUUUCAUGCUUUAAUAUUUAUAAAUUCCAGAUUUUAUUUUUGUUCAUAUACUCAGAACUAGAUCUUUUUUUAAGCAUUUUCUUUUUAUAUAGUUAGUUCUUUUAAAAUCAUUAAAUUAAAAUUUAAGAUAAACUUAAUGACAGACAAAACUGGCGAUUUGUUGUACGUGAGAAUUGCACAUCCAGAACAAGUGAUGUGUAAAUUUGGUAUUUUAUGCUAAAUCCAGUGGAAAAAAUGCAUUUAAAAAAUGAUAAAAUUCCAAUUUUAUUCUAUAAAUUGUCAUUUAAAAAAGCUUUAAAGAAAAUGUUUUUUAAAAGAGCAUUUUUAUAAGUUUUAGUUGUAUAAUAUUGUAAUUCAUUUUGUGCUGUUCUGUGUAAAUUUGGCCUUAUCUGAAUAUUUCCUCUUUGUACUCUGAAAGUGCUAAUUUUGUAUAUAUGUAAAACUUCAGUUAUUUUGUAGCUGAGUAUUUGUGUUCUAUAUAUUUGCUGAAUAAAAAGUUGCAUACAUUUUAA